CUGUUUGUGCCCUGAGCGAGCUUCAUUCCCCAUCAUGGAGAGUCAGAGAGUCCAGUCCUCUUACAGAAAGCGUUUCGGGCCCCAGGGCUCCGGCAGCACCGCAGUCCGAGUCGGUGGCCUUUCUUCCAGCCGUUUGUCCUGGCAUGGCACCCCCCGCAACCUCACCCACUCCAGCCCCAUAUCCCGGAUCUCCAUGGGCUCCACCAGCACGGCCCUACUGCUGGGGAGUCCUGCCGACCGGCUGGACUUCUCAGCCGACUCCCUGAUGAAGGCCCAGUUCAAGGAAAUUCGCACCAACGAGAAGAUGGAGAUGAUGGGCCUGAACGACCGCUUCGCCAGCUACAUCGAGAAGGUUCGCCUGCUGGAGCAGCAGAACAAGGUGCUGGUGGCGGAGCUGAACCAGCUGAAGGGGAAGGAGCCCAGCCACCUGGGGGACAUCUACCAGGAGGAGCUGAGGGAGCUGAGGAGGCAGGUGGACGGUCUUACUGCUGGGAAGGCUCGGCUGGAGAUUGAGAGGGACAACCUGGCUGCAGACCUGGCCACACUGAAGCAGAGGCUGCAAGACGAGAUUUCCCUCCGGCAGGAUGCAGAGAACAACUUGAGCGGCUUCAGACAGGACGUGGAUGAAGCAGCUCUAAAUCGCGUCCAGUUAGAGAGGAAGAUCGAAGCCCUGCAGGAUGAGAUAAACUUCCUAAAAAAGAUCCACGAGGAGGAGCAGCGUGAGUUGCAGGAGCAGAUCUUGGCCCAGCAGGUCCACGUUGACCUGGACGUGUCCAAACCGGACCUGACUGCUGCUCUUAGAGACAUCAGGGUCCAGUAUGAAAGCAUGGCCACUUCAAACAUGCAGGAGACCGAGGAAUGGUACCGGUCCAAGUUUGCUGACCUGACAGAUGCAGCCAAUCGAAACGCAGAAGCCCUUCGACUGGCCAAGCAGGAGGCCAACGAAUAUCGCCGUCAGAUCCAAGUGGUGACCUGUGACCUGGAGGCUCUCCGAGGAACAAACGAGUCUCUGGAACGCCAGCUGCGGGAGAUGGAGGACCGCUGCACCAUGGAGACGGCCGGUUACCAGGAUACAGUGAGAAGCCUGGAGGAGGAGAUCCAGGCGCUGAAAGAGGAGAUGGCGAGACACCUGCAGGAGUACCAGGACCUCCUCAACGUCAAACUGGCUCUGGACAUUGAGAUCGCCACCUACAGGAAGCUACUGGAGGGAGAGGAGAGCAGGAUCACCAUUCCAGUUCAGAGCUUUUCCAACCUGCAGUUUAGAGAGACCAAUCUGGACACUAAAACCCCAGAGGCCCAUGUGAAGAGGAGCAUCUUGGUUCGGACUGUGGAGACCAGAGACGGGGAGAUCAUUAAGGAAUCAACCACUGAACACAAAGACCUUCCUUGAAGUUUUAAGAGCAGCUCUCCUCAAUGGCGAUGUGGGGAUUUUGAUGUUAUUGCAUUUUUUUUGUUUUCUUUCUUCUUUUUAUGGUUUUCAAACCCCAAAGCUACCCAUCAGAUUCAUCCUAUCAUUACAUCUUUUCUCUCCACUUAUCAUCACCUGCCUUCUAAUUGUGACAUAACUGUCAAACACACUUAAAAUUUCUGCCAAAAACAUCCCAGUUUAGGUUUUUGUACAGCUAAAUAGCCUAAAUAACUACUGGAAAUUACUGGUAACCUGUUUUUGUCUUAACCUGAGCAGUCAGACCAGAAUUUUUUUUUGUGUUGAUUCUGAUUAGCUGCCAUAGAAGAGGCCUUGAAAUGUAGUGAUCGUGUUCAACUAAUGUGUAGCAUGGUGGAGGUUGACGUGUGGUUAUGUGUAUGUGAAAUGUGGUGUACAGGACGGAGUCUGCAGGCAUCGGAAUUGGAUUUCGAUCAGAAAUGGGAGAUUUGUGUAUGUUACAGCAGCUUUUGGCAGAUCGACAGGUGAAUCUGAGCUGAUUUUUAACCCUUUGUCUGGCGCUAAUUGAGUAUUUCCUUCCCUUGUUGCAGCUGUUGACACAUGUGCACAGGUGUUUUCAGUCAGACUCAGCUCUUUGAAGGAUAAUUGCUAAUAUCAUUAAACUUUAUAUAUCGAUAUUACUCUUUUCUUCUUUGCCUUACCUUCACUGAGUGGCCAAAACAAACAUGUCAUUGCUGCAAAACCAGGAAGAACAUUUCAAAAAACAUUCUGUGCAACAUAUAACAUCCAGUCAGGUGCAAUGUGUGAUUAUUUUAAGACCAGAUGAAUACAACUAAAAUGAGCCUAACACCCAGAGCUGAUUGGUGACUCUUUUUUUUUUUAACAUAAAAAUGCAGUUUCACAAAAAAUUCCAGCAAUUUUCUUCACUUUGCCCUUCAGCAAUUUGUGAUUUCUCUCCUCAUAAUGGCACUGAUUUCUGAUUCUGUGAUUGUGUCGCAGUUGACUUGUGCGCUGUUUCCAUGUGCAUACACCCUGUAAAAAGCUGAAGUUGUCCUCUAGUUGGCUAAAUGUAGCAAAUGUAUAAUAAGUCUGUAGGGUCUUCAAAGUUUCCUCCAUCACUUCAACUCCAUCCUCUUGAACAAAGCCUGAUAAAGACAUCCUAAUAUUUGACACCGGGAUGUGUCAGCUUCUCUAACAGACAUGACAGGGGCAGACAGAGCCAGGUUGAUGGCGUGGAAGCUGAUGCGACCCUUGACCUCUGGCCUCCAUCUCCUCCAGAAGCCACUUUCUGUAGCAGCAAAGAGAGACACUGGAGCGCUGUGGUGACUUCCAACCAAAUCCCACUGCACUGCUUUGUUUAGUCAGGGAGGACACUGGAGUGACAGAGAGCCUGGAAAGACGGAUGGGCAUCAUGGCUCAAACACUAUAAUCUAAACCCCUCCCCCCCCCCCCCCCCCCCCCCCCCCUCCUGGCUUUUGCUGGAAGCCCCUCUGAGUGAAACUGUGCUGACAGGCAGCGCUGCUAAUGAGAGCGCUGCUAUGCUAAAGCUGGCUGAGUCUGUGCUCGUCGCUAAGGACACCAUGUGAUUCGUGCCUCUCACCUUCUACCCUCACUCUUAGCUCAACCCCAGUUUCUCUUUAGAACACACAGCACUCUCUUGUAUUCACUGUUGUCUUAUUUUUUUUGAAUGUCGAUGCUAGAUAGUAUUUUGGCAAGAUGUGAAUAUAACAUUAGCUCUGACGACCUGCUCUGGCGUCAUGUUAACUUAACAUCAAUAAAACCUUUUUGUUUGCUGGA